GUCCCCCCCGUCGGAAAACUCGGUGGCUUCAAUCACACGAAAACCUUUCCGAUUCGCACACUCGUGCACCGACCGCAGUGCCAGCAAGUGCCAGUGCCACCAGCAGCAGCAGCAGCAGCAGCAGUAGUAGUGAUCCUCGCGACACGACCACGCGAGAGAGUCCUUCCUUCGUCUCUAUACAAGGAACAACUUCUGCAGAUGAGGAAAGCCGCCUAAUUCAUGUGCAGCUGAAGACAACCACAGCAUACAUUACAAUACACGUGGUGUGGAGGAGUGCGUUUUCAAAGAGACCUGCAAAUCCGAACAUCGACAAUGGAUCCAAUCAGUGCCAGCUGCUACAGCCUUCACAUCGAAGACAACACUCGAGGCAACGACAAGAACCAUCCGGAGGAUCAGUUCAGCGAAGUCAUCGUCAGCUGCAAAUCCCUGAGCGGCUACGAAAGCCAGAACUUCAAAUCCCUGAUACCGCAGAUCAUAGCGACUGCGAUUUCUGCUUCCGGUCAUAUCGUCGUUGGAAUCUCUUUGGCUUUCUCUGCUAUCCUCAUACCGCAGCUCGAGGAUGCGAAUAGCGAUCUGCACGUCACAGAAAGCGAAUCUUCAUGGAUUGCCAGUAUUAUCGUUAUCGUUGUACCUAUUGGUGCUAUAGCGGGAGGCUUCAUCAUGGACUCCAUAGGUCGUCUGAACACUAUAAAACUAUCCACUGUGCCGGUCUGCGUAGGUUGGGUUCUGAUAGCCAUGGCCGAGAACGUGACCAUGCUUCUGGUCGGAAGAAUACUCACGGGUUUCGCAGCAGCUUGGGGCACCAGUCCUGCCAUCGUGUACAUCACAGAAAUCGCGAGGGCGGAUAUGAGAGGAUCCCUGAUCUCCUGCGGCCCCACGUACGCCUCCUUGGGCAUGGUGCUGCUCUUCUUGAAAGGAUGGUUCUUGAACUGGAGAACAGUCGCCUGGCUCUGCAACAUUUACACCGUCGUCCCGGCCAUCCUCAUCAUGUUCAUACCAGAGAGUCCAGUCUGGUUGGUGAGCAAGGGAAGAGUGGAUCAAGCCAAAAAAGCCAUCGAGUGGUUGAACAAAUAUCAACCAGCUUUGGCCGGCGAAAAGCAAACCUUCUCGGAAAUGCAACUGGAAUACUUGGUCAGGGAGAAACGUCAGAAGGAUGCGGAAAACGUGGGAGGCGGCAGCGCUGCGCGCAAAUUCAAAGCGUUCUUCCAGCCCACCGGAUACAAACCGAUGCUAGUCCUCAUAGGAUUAUUUUUCUUCCAACAGUUCUCGGGCAUCUACAUUACACUCUUCUACUCCGUUAACUUCUUCUUGGAUAUGGGAAGCACGAUCAACGCCUACUUCUCCUCCGUGCUUAUCGGAGUGGUGCGUUUCUUGAUGUCCAUGGUCAACACCUACUUGCUGAAGCGCUACCAUCGCAGACCACUGACGAUGAUCAGCUGCGCCGGAAUCGCCUUGUGCAUGGGUGUUUCUGGUUUAUUCACCUAUUGGAUCAACAACGGUGAGAGUACGCAAACUUGGGUACCUGUAGUCCUGCUCCUCAUGUACGUUCUCACAUCUAUGAUCGGUCUUCUGCCGAUCCCGUGGACGAUGACCGCAGAACUUUUCCCGUUGGAGAUCCGCGGAAUAGCGCACAGCAUCUCCUACAGCUUGGCCAACAUCCUCAUGUUCUUCUCGCUCCAGAUGUAUCGUCCGCUGAAAAGCAUCAUGGGCGGUUCACACGGAAUCCAGUGGUUCUUCGCGGGCGUCGCCAUCGUCGGCAUGCUCUACAUCUUCGUGUUCCUCCCGGAAACGCACGGCAAGAAACUCAGCCAAAUCCAGGAGUACUUCAAGUACAACACGAUGUACUUGGCGGAGAAGAAGGCCCCGACCAAGAGGAAGAUCACCAGGAAGGAUAAGAGCGUCGAACCGAAGCAGGGCAAAAUUCUCAUCGAAGCCUAAAAGAACAAAAAAAAAAACAAGAAACGAACAAAAAAAAAAUCAGCUAAAUAGGUUUAGAGUCUGAGACGAGAGAGAGAGAGAGCGAAUUGUGAUAAAAGGAAUUAAAUUGUACUUUGAUUCUAACUUUCUUAAUUUGAUGAUCAUAAGGAUUAUUUUUUUUUUCUUGAACAAUGAAUGCACACCAAGUAAUUAUGUGAUACACUUUGAUUACCUAAAUGUAUUUUUAAUAAAUAAAUAUUGAAACCUCACGACAAAAAAAAAAAAAGUUGAA